AUGUCCCAACCACCAAAAAAAAUCCUCCAAAUCCUCUUCCUCUUUCUACAAGUACAUAUCCAUCUGAUCCUAGCACAAGAAUACACCUGUCCCGUCGCCGCCGCGCAAGACCCCUCCAUCGACGACGUGCCAUCCAUCCUCCACGCCUUCGAAGACUGUAACCAACACGCCGGCGGCCGGGCAAUCUUCACUAAUACGACGUACCAUAUAAAUAGCAUCCUCGACACGCAAGGACUACGGGAUAUUACUAUUGAGAUCCAUGGGAGGCUUCUUGUACUGUUUUCCCUUUUCCCCCUUCUUUCUUCCCAUCUUCUGUCUGAGCACCUCCCACCCAUCCUCUAAACCCAUCCCAUCUCAUCCCAUCCCAUCUCAUCCCAUCCCACCCCAUCCCAUCCCAUCAACAAACCCUAACACCCCCCAGUGGUCCCCAAACACAACCUACUGGCUCACCAACUCCCUCCCCGUAGGCUACCAGAACCAAUCCACGGCCUGGAUCCUCGGCGGCACCAACGUGCGUGUGGACGGCUUUGGAUACGGGACCAUCGAUGGCAAUGGACAGGUUUGGUAUGAUUUUGUGAAAGGGGAGAGUAAUUACCCCCGAAGACCGCAUGGGGUUACGUUCCGGGGGUUGAAUGGGAGUGUGGUGACGGGACUGAGGUUUGUGGGGAGUCAGAUGUGGUGGGUGUUUUUAUUUUUUAUUUUUUGGGGGAGGGGGAGGGGGCUUUUGGGGUUUGGGGAUUUGGCGGAGGGAGGAAUGGGGGUUUGGGGGUUUGAUAUUAUGUGGAGGAUGGAAUGGGGAGGGUAA